AUGGCCACGCUUUCUUUUUCCUCCCUGAAUUCUCUCUCCUCUUCCUUUUCUUCUUCUUCUUCUUCUUCAUCUUCGUCUUCUACUAACCAUUUCAUCCCUCAACUAUACCUAACAAAGCAAGAAAUCCCCACACUGUCUCGUUACAAAUUUAAACGUAAGAAGCUUUUUUAUCAACCCACGAGGCUCAUUCUCCACCCUGUUUUGUUGCUCAGUGGUUUUGAUAAGCCCUUGGAUACCCAAACUAUCCUUUCCACUAUCAGUGUUUUGGUUGCCAUUGCACUCUCUCUCUUUCUUGGCCUCAAGGGUGAUCCUGUCCCAUGUGACCGUUGUGCUGGAAAUGGUGGUACAAAAUGUGUCUUCUGCGAUGACGGUAAGAUGAAGCAAGAAACAGGCUUGAUUGAUUGUAGGGUGUGUAAAGGUGCAGGAUUGAUAUUUUGCAAGAAAUGUGGAGGUUCUGGAUAUUCUAGACGUUUGUGA